CAAUCCUCGACAGUGCUUUUCCAGCUCUCGAGGUCGAAUGAUCGGUCUUUUUAAAACUUAAGUUAUAAUAUAUCUUCUUCUCCCUAUCUAAAACUCUUUCAUAUUCAGAGUGAUCCGAAUCGUUGAUCGUUUAGUAUCUCGUACUGUCUUAUCAGAAAGUAAAAAGAUUAAAAAAAGAAGAAAAAAAAUUAAGUAAACAAAAAAGAAAUAAAAAAGGAAAAAAUAAUAAAAAUAUAAAAAUAAAAAAGUGAAAAAAGAGAAUUCGAUCGGAAAGAAAUUUGAUUGAAUUCUCAUAAUGAAGCUAAUCUUUCUUUUAUUCUGUGCCAUCGUUCUUCUUCUUGGAUAUCAUGGUGCCAAUGCUAUCCAGUGUUACGUAUGUAACAGCAAUGACGACAGCCGAUGCGCAGACGAUAUUCCACCGGAUGCGUUGAAAAAAGAUUGUGGUGAGCUGAAGGAUGGUCCGAAGUUUACAAUGUGUCGAAAAAUUACUCAGGUCAUUGAGUUCAGCGUUAAUGGACUGCCAGCGAAUACUCGAGUGAUACGUAGUUGUGGUUGGAUCGAAUCGACUUAUAAAGGUCGAUGUUAUCAAAGAAGUGGUUUCGGUGGUCGACAAGAAGUUUGUUCAUGCUUGGAUGAUUAUUGUAACGGUGCGACGACAGGUGUCGAUCAACCACCGAAAACAUUUAUCUUAUCUUGUGCUCUUGGUGCCAUUCUUCUUGCAAUUGCACGCAAUUAGGCCAAGAAAUACGACGAGACCCUUCAUCGAUGCCUCAUUCUGAGUUUUAUCAGCACCACGACAUAAACGACGACGACGACGAUGAUGAGACGAUGACCAACGAUGGAACUUCGCAUGAUAAAUUUUCAACAUCUUCAUCAGUUCGAUAAAACGAAAAUGAUGAUGAUGAUGAUGAUAAUGAUGAUGAUGAUGAUGAUGAUGAUAAUGAUAAAAAUAAAGAUCAAGUGUGAGAAAAGAAAAACAAAAAGAAAAAAGAAGGAACAAAUUUUGCUGAAUAUCAUUAAAGAAAAAAAAGAAAAAGAAAGUUUCUUUGAAGAAAAAUUAAAGAAAAAAAAAAUAAAAGAAAAAAUAAAUAAUGGUAAAAACGAUAGCAUAAUUUUUAACGCGAUCGUCAACCAUUUUUCCACUAUUAUUAUAAAAUGAGAAUUCGUAAGAAAAAAAUCAGAAAAGAAAGAAAAAUUGAAAUAAUAAUAAUAGUAAUAAUAAUAAUAAUAAUAAUAAUAAUAAUAAUAACAAUUGUGCGAUGUUUCCUUUUCAUCUUUUCUAUUCGUCGAAGGGCCGUUGUUUCUAGAUUUAGUAAAACGUGUACGGUCGUUCCGAGGUCCUAUGAAGCUCAUAAUAAAAAAGGAAAGAAAAGAAGAAAAAAAAAUAAAGAAAAAAAAAGAUAAAAAAGAAAAUAAGAAAGGAAGUGAGAUAUCAAGGACGAAGAGAGAACGAAGCUCUAGACAUUUCGCGUACUAUGGUUUUGCGAGAGAAUAAUGAGAAUAUGUUUUUCUUUAUUCGUCUCAAUUGCGCCGAAUAUUCGUGUGAUUUUAGAUUAAACGUUUGACUCAACAGCUCGACGUAGCAAAUAAUAUAAACAAACACACACAUACAGGCACAUGCAUACAAAUACAUUUAUGUAUGAUUGUUAUCUUUAUAAUCUUUUUUUAACGCUUUUCUUGGUUCUUCUGUUAAAUAAUCUUAUAAAGAGAGAGAGAGAGAGAGAGAAUGUGUGUGUAAAAGAGUAUGAGGGAGAAAGGAUGAGAGAGAGAGAGAGAGAGAGAGAGAGAGGAAGAGAGAAAAAUACAAAAAUAUCUCGAAUUCAUUUUUUAGCACAAUAAUUCUCAUUUUAAAUCAAAUUAUUUGUAUAACAUAAAAAAAUAUUUUAUUCAACGAUUUGAUCUCUCUAAUUUCUAAUCCUUGAAUAAAAUAAAGCAAUGAAAAUCGUAUAUAAAAAAAGCUACAAAUUUUAUUAUUGUAAUGUACAAAAAUUGUAUUAUUCAUGAUGUAUUUUUUCUCCAAGGUUAUAUAUCAAAAACAGAGAAGCAACAAAUUAUUUGUAUGGAGUACCUAAGUAAAAUAAGUUGUUACAUUGUAUCAUACAUACACAUGAAUAGACACACGCACACACACACACACACAUACACACACAUAUAUAUAUAUACAUACAUAACUUACAUAAACUGUGUUCAUUCAAGAAAUUUUAUUGCGUAGAGAGCUUUAAUAAUAAAGAAAGAGAGUGAGAGUGAUAGAGAAUGAAAGAGAAAACGUAUCGUCUUGUCAAGUUCGGACUUUUCAAAUCUAUAUGUCCGAUGUUAAUAUCGAUACGUUUUUAAUUACGAAAGUAAGAUAGAAAUUUAAUAUAUAAUAAUAAUAAUAAUAAUAUAUAUACAUAAUGGGAGAUAUUAUAUAUAAGGAACGUUAAACGUAUUCCAAUCCAUCUCAAAUCCACGAUUAAACAAUUGCGAUGAACGAUUUACGCACGUUAAUUUAAUUAGCACUUUAAUUAAUAUCACGAAUCAUUAUCUCUUGUUAAGAAUUUUUACAUUUGACCGAUCGAAUCGAUUUGAUUUUAUUCGAUUCGAUUAGACUCAAUUAAUCGAUCGAUCGUUCUUAUUAAUUACAUUUAUUUCACCCCUUUUUUUUUUUGUAGAAAAAAAAUUAUCGUCGACGUUCACAUGUAUUUUAUCGCAUCUUGUUAAUUUUAAUAAAAAUCUACAAGCAGA